CUAAAACAUAAACAAAAAGAAAAUUCAAUAUUGAAAUAAAAAUUGCAACACCUGUGAAUUAAUUUAAGAUAGCUUAAAAUCAAUGGCAAAUGACAGAGAAGUUCUAAAGGAAGUCUGGGAUGGUAAAAUUCCUACAAAAUUCAUCGUCGAUAGCGAAGACAUCGAAGUUGAAGCUUACUUUUUAUUAUUACCGAGAGUAAGCUACUUAAGUUUAGUGAUUGAAAAGAUCAGGAAGCAUUUCCAAAGGUAUAUUGAGAAGGAAGAUGAAAUUUGGUUCAGCUACAACAACUCAAUACCUCUUAAGUUUCAUAUUCCGAUUGGUGUUCUAUACGAUUUAACUGGCAGUGAGCAUCCUUUACCUUGGCAAAUUAAUGUCCAUUUCAACAAAUUUCCAGAAGAUUGUUUAUUUAAGUUUCCCAACAAAGAUGUAAUCGAAAGCUUUUUUAUGAACUGCUUAAAAGAAGCUGAUUUUUUGAAGCAUAAAGGACAAAUUGUCUCUCAAAUGCAAAAGAAGGAGCAUAAACAACUUUUCCUAGGAUUACAAAAUGACAAAUUUGAUCAGUUUUGGGCAGUCAAUAGACGAUUAAUGGAAUCGAUAGAGCAGGAAAAUUGUUUUAAGUACAUUCCGUUGAGAUGCUACACUGACGAUUGCUAUUCAUAUUCACAAAAGCUGAUUUGUCCACUGUCCGAAAAAGGACAGAGAAAGACACUAAAAGACUUGCUCAAAGAAUUAUCUACACCCACGUUAGAAGCGAUUGGCGCUAAAACUCAUGGAGUAGAAGUUCCUUUAGAUGCUGAGCUUCAAUGGCUUAGCGAGACUCUCAGCUAUCCUGACAAUUUUCUACAUUUGUGCUUGAUUUAUAAAUAAGUUUUCAAACACAUUCGAAUAAAACCUUAAGAAAAAC